UGGAGUGCGCCCUGCCUCGCCAUAAGUUAGAUCUCAGUGUAUGUGCGGACAGGCUCGGAGAAGCAACAGUUUGCAGGAGAGAUUGGUCUAGGAGGUGAGUAGAUCGAGCAGCAAGAUGGCUGUGGAAGGAGGAAUGAAGUGUGUCAAAUAUCUCAUCUUUCUCUUCAACUUGUUAUUUUGCAUCUGUGGAGUUGCUCUCAUAGGAUUGGGCAUCUACGUGCAGAUUUAUCUCAACGAAACGCUGGCAAUUAAAAGUGCCUCAGCAUCAGGAGCUCCUAUUGUUCUUAUCGCAGUCGGGGUCGUCAUCUUCUUCAUUUCAUUCUUUGGAUGCUGUGGAGCUGCCAAGGAGAACUAUUGCAUGGUGACCACGUUUGCUGUCCUUCUGGUUUUAGUCUUCCUGGUUGAAAUAGCUGCUGCAAUUGCCGGAUAUGUUUUCCGCAAUAAGGUCCAAGAUGUCUACAGAGACACCUUCAAAGAUAGCAUGAGCAAAUACAACAGUACGAAACAAGCAAAGGACAAAAUAGAUGAGGUUCAGAAAGCUUUCAAAUGCUGUGGUGCCAAUGCCUCCAGUGACUGGAAUGACUAUGCUCCUUUCAAUGGCACUGGCAUUGUUCCGGACACAUGCUGCAAGGUGAUCACAACGAACUGUGGCAGGAAUGCAACCAACAUUUACACUACUGGUUGUAUUCAAAGCAUAGAUGAGUCGGUGAAAAGAAAUGUAGGCAUCAUUGCUGGAGUGGCUCUGGGAAUUGCUUUCUUUGAGAUCUUGGGCAUAGUCUUUUCCUGCUGCUUAAUGAAGGGAAUUCGCAGUGGAUAUGAAGUGAUGUGACCUGAUGCUGGACACAAGAUUAUGCCGUGAUGUCACUUUCCCCAAAUUGCCAUAUUAAGACACAAACUGGCGUUUGCCGCCCGAUUUGUGAACACAUUUGCACAAGUGCCGUUCCAUGAUCAGACAUGGCACAGCAUGUCACUUC